AGCAGCACAGCAGCACAGACCACCAACUGAUCAAAGAUGCUUUGCCCGAGCACUUUCCAGCCUACUUUUAGUAGUUUUCCCUUAGUGGACUUCCACUGGCCGGUGCGCAGCCUUUGGCCUGAGACAAGACCUCUGUUCUUCCAGAUCGAACAAGAGAUGAUAAGGCACAUGCAGGAGAUGCGACACAGCCUGGAGUUCAUGGAGCGCCUCCACAGGAGGAUCUUCGAUGAAAUUGACCAUACCUCACCUUCAGCUGUGUUCAAACCCAUCUCAUUUCAGGUGGCCAAAGAAAACAAUAAUUUCGCAGUAACUCUGGAUACAAAAGAUUUCUUGCCCGAAGAGCUUUCAGUCAAACAAGUGGGCAGGAAGCUACGUGUGAGUGGAAAGUCAGAGAAGAAGCAGGAUGAUGGGAAAGGUUCAUACUCUUACAGAUGCCAAGAAUUUCGGCAGGAGUUUGACCUUCCUGACGGUGUGAACCCUGAGGAGGUAACCUGCUCUUUAAACAGUGGCGAGCUACAGAUCCAGGCACCUAAGGAGACCCCUGCAGGGUCAAAUGAGAGGAUAGUGCCUAUUGCAUACACUCCUGCUGUGACCAGCACUCCAGCUCAGAGUCCAGAACCACAGAGCCAGCCGGACCAGGAAGAUUCCUCUAAAAACUAAGACAAGCUGCAAUAACAUACUACGUUGACAAAUGACCAUGGACUAUAGAACUAGUUAAUUACCAAUGAUGAAGUUUUUGAAAAUAUGUUUAACUCCAUGCUGAAUUUCGAGCAUGAUAAUUUAAUGUUCACUUAUUUGAUUUUGUUGGAUUUGGACUGUUGGUACAGUAAAUACCUCAUUGUGGAAAGAUUUCACUGGAAUAACUGGCUUAUUCAUGAAGUACAAUAUUAAAUUAGUUUUUCAUCAAAGAA